AUGCAGGCUAACGGGGGGCGAAUUGUUGUAAACCCAUCUUUUCAAGAGUGGGUUUACUUGGAUGAAAAAUCUCCCCAUGGUUUACAAACUCCAAUGAAAAGGCAAGUUACGUAUUGUGUAGAGGAGGAAAUUGGUCCAAAAGAAUUCGAAAUUAAAGACGAUCCGUGGAAACAACACAAUUACAAAAGUAAAGUUGACUUUGUUGGGGCGAAAUCAAAUGGACGAUGCUGUCGAGCAGCAAUACUGAUGUCCAUAAUCAUUGGGUCAUUGAUGUCGAUCGCUGCAUUAGCGCUGGUUCUGCUGAUGUUGUUUGGGAAAGUAGGAGCAGGUUGUGGGUGUCAGUCAUCAAGUGAAGGUUUUCAGACAGAUUUAAUCAGAUAUGAUCUUAACUCAACACGAAAUUGGGUGUUAGCCUCCGAAGCUGAAUUAAAGAACGAACUGGAGGCUGUGAACACAACUCUGAUAUUGAAGCUCAACAGUACGGCUGAAAGACUUGAUCGAGAGGAUAUCGGUACAAUAACUCUACUUAACAACAUCAACUCAACAUUGUCCUUAAAGUUAGAGAAUGUGAGUAAGAUCCCCGUUGGACCACGCGGUUUCAACGGCUCUCAAGGACCGAUUGGACCAGCGGGACCUCAGGGAUUCAAUGGAACACAGGGUUCCCAGGGUUUUAACGGAUCACAAGGGCCACAGGGACCCAAAGGAGCUGGAGACUUCUCCCAGUGUGAACAUAAAACUGAGGAUCUGGUUGGAAAUCAAUCUCCAAUCACCAGCAACAGUAUAGCAAAUCCAGUUAAAGUGAUUAAGGGUGAACCAAGGGGUAAAAAGAUCGUUGGUGUCUCAUGUUCAACAGACCUUGCGCAGCUUUAUCUGCUCUCGACCCAAACAAAACCAUCUAAUAAUCAGUUGUUCUACUACUGUAGCUGUUAUGGCCAUCAUGGAACUGGCCAGGCUUCUAUUCAGUGCGUCAUGAAUUACUGGGAAUGUCCGCUGACCACGUGAACACGAAAACGAAUGGUGUUUUGACAGGGCGGAAAAAAACUUUGCUAUGUCGAAACCUUGCUGUAUUACAACGAGUUCUAGAUCUGAAUUCAUACUGAUAUUGGUAAUAACAUGAUUUCGAGUGUAAUAUGGUGCUAAUUAGCGCAGGUAAACUUUUCAAAGACAGCAAAAUUGCGUGAACUCGUAGGGCGAGUGCAAUUGGUAGCCUGAAAAAUUUUCAAGUGCUUAUUUACACCAAAUUGCGCAAGAAAUCGUGUUUUCACCUAUUGAUAAUUUACAUGAAAAAAGAAAAACAAAACAAAGCACGCGCCCGUAUUUUAAAUUUUUACUUGGUUUACAACUUUGCACUCGUGUUACAUGAAAAAUGCCUCGUUUCCAGCCAAUUAGAAGCGUGUCGUUUUUUCAUUUCUAUCAUUUGUCGUGUCUUUUCCCACGUUUUUGAAACAAUUUUUUGAAAUUAUGAUAAUUCAUUUUUUUUUCUUGGGCCCCCUGCGAGGCGAGUAGGUUGAUGCGGAAAGCUGCCGCUUGGUCAGAGCUGUUUCCUCGAAAUUGCAUUACAUUUUCUCUUUGGUAGCAUAAAUGUUGAACAUACAUGUCCAAUGUAGUUGUAGAAAUCAAGUUGUUGUCGAUUACAUCAAAAGAUAGAGGAAAAGAGACCUAAGUUUGUGCCUGGUUUCAUGUUUGCUUUGAAUGACAAAGCGAGGGAUAUUUUCCUUUUUCUGAUACUCCACAUUAUUACCAUGGAAAUACAAAGACAACGUAUUCUUAAGAAGUUAAAUUGCACUCAAUAUAAGGAACAAAGUAACAAAGUUUACGAAGUAAUUGUUGUCGAAGAUAAACGAAUAUUUCGCUCAUUGGAAUAUUAUAAGACAGCCAAUCAGUUAGAAUGUCGUUUUUUGGCCCACCACCUUUUUUUCCAAAAAACCGAUCGUUUCGUAUCGAAUAAUACUCGUCGCACUUUGUAAAAAAGCAAAAAAGUCUGUCUUACAUUUUAAUAAGAGACCGUCGUUCUUUGUAAUUAAUUAAGCUGUGUAAUAACCUGAGCAAAUAGACCCGAUAAUAUCUGUCAAUCCUGUAAAUAAUGAUGACGAUAAUGGCAACGAUAAUGACAAUAAUAAAGAUGAUGACAGUGAUAACGAUAAUUAUUCUGAUAGCAAUAGUACCGGUGGUGAUGGAGAUGAUGAUGAGAAUGAAAAUUGUGAUAUUGAUUAUAACGAAAAUUAGAAAAGUGAAAAUCUGUCCAUCAACGAAAACACCAACCGCGAGUCUUGAUUUGUCAGGGUACGGGGCAGUAUUAUUGAAAGUAAACUGAAUAACACA